UUUUUCUCCGCUAUUCGUUUUUUUGUAAUUUCUAAUAAUGGUGGUUUCUAAAAGAUGUAAAAUUUGUGCGGUUCUAGACGCUGAAAAUAUUCCAAUAACCGGAGAAUACUUUGGUAAAUUGCUACCACAUUUGAUUGUGAAGAUUUCCGGCGUAGAUUUGGACCCGCGCAAAGCAAAUGGUGUUCUGAUAUGUCAAUCUUGUGCCGUACAGUUGGUACAAACUGAUCUGGUUAUUGAUAAAUUACGAAACUCUCUACAACGAUUAAAGGUAUUGGUGAAGGUGAAAAAACCCAAAACUCCCUCAAAAGAUUCAACUAAGAGGAUAAUUGAUGAGAAAAACAAUAAUGAUGAUCUGGAAAACUCAGACAAGUCCGACGCAGGUGAAAAUGAUUCUCAAACAAAUUUAGACGAAUCAAAAAUUCAAAUCAAACUGAAGACUCCCAAAAAAAUAGCAAGACGUAAAUCUGUAUUUCCUGAUGAUAAGACGGUAAUCAACGAUGACAUUUCUAAAGAAAAUGGAAAGAAAAACUUAGAUAUGUCCGAAACUGGUGAAAUUGAUUCUCAAACCAAUUUAGAGGAAUCAAUCACUCAAGAUAAAACUAAACCGAAGACUCCAAAAAAAAUUGCAAGACGUAAAUCUGUAUUUCCAGACGCCAAGCUGGUGAACAACACUGACAUCUCUAAUGAGAAUGGAGAUACGCCAAAUUCUGUAACAACUCCAAAGUUCAAGAAGAUAUUGGACAAUGAGGUAACACCAGUAAAAAAUACAACCGCCAAGGCGGCAACAAAAAGAAAGCCAGUAACAACAACAAAUGAGAGUAUCCAAUUGGACGAAGACGAUUUGGCCGCAUCGACACCUAUGAAACGUAAUAAAUCAAUAUCCUUAUCUGUAAACGAAGAGUCCCCAAUGGAUUUAACUGUCGAUGAGCAGGAUGGGAACGAGUCGAAUGUCAUGGAAAGCAAAGUAAAAGAUAUGAAUUGCAUUAUUUGUGGCAAGGUAUUUCAUAAAAAGAGCGCAUUGCGCGAACAUAUAGAGACAAGUCAUAUGGGUGAACGACUAAAGGCAUGUCCUCAUUGUUCAUCGGAAUUUCGAUCACAGCAAAAAUAUGAAUCGCAUGUAUUUAGUGAAAAAUGUAGAACCACUAACAACCUUUGUCAGUAUCCAAAGUGUAACAAGCGUUUUAAAACUGUUCACAAGAUGGAAUUACACAUGCAGGAGAAGCAUUCAUCGCAGAAUGAAUCGGAAGCAGAAUAGAACCAACUAUGUAGGUUGUAGGAUUAAAAUAAAUUUUACAUAUUUUACUACAUUAUGGUCAUACAUGCAAUCAAUGUAUUUGUUUUUAAUUAAACUGAAUAAAUUACAAAAUCACUUGUCUUGACAUAACAAA